CCCCGCGCCCGCCAGUCGCCCCCAGCGCGCGCGCCAGCCUGCACGCGAACAUGGCCGCCAACGGCUCGGCACAGCCGGAGCCCCGGCUCUGCCACGUGCGGAAAGUCCCCGACUUCGACGGCUACGGAUUCAACCUGCACGCAGAAAAAGGAAAACCCGGCCAGUACAUCGGCAAGGUCGACGAAGGAUCGCCGGCGGAGACGGCGGGCCUGAAGCGCGGCGACAGGAUCCUUGAAGUUAAUGGAAACAGCAUCGCCGGCGAGAGCCACAAGCAGGUCGUCCAGCGCAUUAAGGAGCGCCCCGACGACGCCGUGCUCCUCGUGGCCGCGCCGGCUCCAGGGGACUCGCUUCCAGACCUGGACGCGCCCCCGACCGCCCCCGCGGCCACGACCCCCUCCCCCACCCCGGCGGACAGCGCACCCGUGCCCCUGAACCUGCACAUGACAGCCGCGGAGAUGCGCGCCCACCUCGCCAACAAAAAAAAGUUCGACCCUAAAAAAGUGCCAAUGGAUUUAAAGGACAAAUUCGACCUCGUGAAAAAGCUGUGAGCGCAUAAUGGUGUCAUCGCCGCGCGACGUUGCCAGCUCGCCCCCACAAAUUGCCAUGGUCAUGAUAAGGUUGCAUGUACAUACAUAGCCUCUAGUAUAAUUCCUGUAAAGUGCCGGUGCAACAUUUUGUUGCACUUAUUUUUAUAUGAUGCGGUGCAUUGAUUGGAUUUUGACUUGAUUACCUAAAUGUGUAGUUAAUAUAAUUUAUUUAAGUGCAAUUUAUUGUUGAAUAAAUAUAACAGUUGUGAAGUA